AUGUUCAAUAACAUUGACAUGGAACAAUGCGGUGGAACAAACGGUACGUCAAAACUUUCCCCACUUGGCGAGAGUGAUAAUAUUAUAGAAGUAUCUCUUGCCAAAAAAAAAAUAUGUGGGCAUAUUCAAAAAGUAAGUCUUAAGAACAGGGUUAAGGAUGUUGCCGAUUACAUUAGAUUAAAAUACCCAUCUAUAAUAAACGAAUCUGUUAAAAUGUCUGAUCCGAGAAUAAUAGAUAUUUGCAAAGAGGUAUUUAAAACUAAAAAUAUCAAAAAACUAAGCAAGGACGUAGUAAAAGCAUUGUCAGCGAGCAACUCAACGCUGUGUAAACUCAUUAAAGGAACUAGAGAAAAUAAUAUCCCUACAGACAUAAACUGUUUAAUACCUUACAAAAAUGAGUUGGUACUACGUCCGUAUCGAGCUGUAAAUUAA